AUGUCGCAACCAAAUACAUCACUGGUGCCAGAAGGAAAUCAAGGCUCUCUGCAAGAAGAUGUUAAUUUUGAUUUCAAUGGGGUACCUGGCCAAGCUUUAGAUGCUGUACGUAUGCGUUUGGCUCAAUUGACUCACUCGUUAAGGAGGAUCAGAGACGAGAUGUCUAAGGCUGAACUUCCACAAUGGUAUACACUUCAAUCACAGCUAAAUGUCACAUUGUCGCAGCUUGUUUCUGUUACAUCGACCUUGCAACAUUUUCAAGAAACUUUGGAUUCUACAGUGGUUUACCCGCUACCCAAAUUUCCAACGACUUCACAUGAAAGUCUAGUCACUACGCUUUUGAGGAAGAAGAAUAUCCCUGAAGUAGACGAAUGGAUGAAAUAUGUUAGAGAAGCGUCUGGAAUAAGCACAAAUUUGCUGAAGGAUGAAGAAAUGGCAAAACUGUUGCAACAGGACAAAGAAAUAACGAACUGGGCACGUACUACGUUUGGAAAGGAAUAUGAAAAACACGAUUUUAAACAUGAAGAAGCCAUAGACGAAGAAGACGUUUCACUUCUUGUACGAGAUAGCAAGUCCUCUAAACCUUUUGACGUUGAUGAUAUUUUAAAGUUUACUUACACUGGAGAAAAGCCUGUUUCUGCGGGGUCAAAUCCAACACUGUGA